AUGGACCAAGAGCCAAAACCAGCAGCAGCAACGACUGAACCAGCCGGAGAUGCGGCGCCGGUUAAGUCGGAAAAGGAGCUGAAAAAGGAGGCUGCCCGACUGGCCAAGCUGGAGAAGUUCAAGCAGAAGCAGGAGAAGCUGGCGGCGGCGAAGCCCGCCGGUGACUCGAAGAAGGCCGCCGCUAAGGAGGCCAAGGCGACGAAGAAGGUCGUGGUCACCUACGACCGCCCCAUCGCCAAGGGCGAGAAGAAGGACGUCGCCAGCGACCCGAUGCCCGACGCCUACAGUCCCAAGUACGUGGAGGCCGUCUGGUACGACUGGUGGGAGGCGCAGGGCUACUUCAAGCCCGAAUACAACGCCCCCGACGGGGACAUCAGCAAGCCGAACCCGAAGGGCCAAUUUGUGAUGGUCAUUCCGCCGCCGAACGUCACCGGGUACCUGCACCUGGGCCACGCGCUGACGAACGCCAUCGAGGACAGCCUGACUCGCUGGCACCGCAUGUCCGGUCGAACGACGCUCUGGAACCCUGGCUGCGACCACGCUGGCAUCAGCACGCAGAUCGUCGUCGAGAAGAAGCUGAUGCGUGAGCGACAGAUCACGCGCCACGACAUUGGCCGUGAGGCCUUCGUCGAGGAGGUGUGGAAGUGGAAGAACGAGAAGGGCGACCGCAUCUACGAGCAGCUGAAGAUUCUCGGCAUCAGCGCCGACUGGAGCCGGGCCACCUUCACACUGGACCCAAAGAUGUGCAAGGCGGUUACGGAGGCCUUUGUGCAGCUGCACGAGCGCGGUCUCAUCUACCGCACCAAGCGCCUGGUCAACUGGAGCUGCACCUUUCGCUCCGCCAUCAGCGACAUUGAGGUGAACAAGGAGGAGCUGACGGGGAGGACCUUCUUGGCUGUGCCCGGCUACCCGGAGAAGGUCGAGUUUGGCGUCAUGCACUCAUUUGCCUAUCAGGUACGGUUUGCGGACGGCCCGAAGGAGAUUGUGGUCGCCACGACGCGUAUCGAAACGAUGCUCGGUGACACGGCCAUCGCCGUUCACCCCUCCGACCAGCGCUUCAAGGCGCUGCACGGCAAGUCAGCCCUGCAUCCCUUCAUCGCCGGCCGCCGCCUGCCUAUCGUCCUCGACGAUUACGUGGAGAUGGACUUUGGCAGUGGCGCCGUGAAGAUCACUCCGGCGCACGACCCCAACGACUACGAGAUUGGCCUCCGUCACAACCUCCCCUUCAUCACCAUCAUCACCGACGAUGGGCUGAUGGCGGACAACUGCGGCCCACUGUUUAGCGGCAUGAAGCGCUUUGAUGCGCGCAAGGCGGUCAUUGCCGAGCUGAAGAAGCUAGGUCUGUACAAGGGCGCGGCGGACAACGCCAUGGUGGUGCCCAUCUGCGACCGCUCCAAGGACAUCAUCGAGCCGCUGAUCAAGUACCAGUGGUACGUCGACGUGAAGGACAUUGCCGCCCGAUCGGCGGAAGUGGUCCGCUCCGGGAAGCUAAAGGUGCUCCCCAAGCUGCACGAGAAGACAUGGUUCCGCUGGAUGGAGACCAUUCGCGACUGGUGCAUCUCACGGCAGAACUGGUGGGGCCACCGCAUUCCCAUCUACUUUGCCACCGUCAACGGACAGGUGGUGGACGAAGCAGCUGGCGAGGAGGAGUUUAACCGUCACUGGGUUUCCGGACGGGACGAGGCUGAGGCUCGUCGCAAGGCCGCCGCCCUCUUUGGGGUGCCCGAAGAGCAGAUCACGCUGAAGCAGGACGAGGACGUCCUCGACACCUGGUUCAGCUCAGGCCUCUUUCCCUUUGCCAUCUUUGGCUGGCCAGACAAAACCGCCGACCUGGAGGCCUUCUUCCCGGGCAACCUCCUCGAGACCGGCCAGGACAUUAUCUUCUUCUGGGUGGCGAAGAUGGUGAUGCUCAGUCUGCUGCUGACUGAGCGGCUGCCCUUUGAAACCGUCUACCUGCAUUCGAUCAUCCGCGACGCGCACGGAAAGAAGAUGAGCAAGUCGCUGGGCAAUGUCAUUGACCCGGUGCACGUCAUCAACGGCAUCUCACUGGUGGAACUUCACGAGACGCUCAAGGGCUCCAAUCUCAGUGAGCAUGAGUACGAACGCGCCAUCAAAGUGCAGAAGGCGGACUUUCCCAACGGCAUUCCUGAGUGCGGCACUGACGCCCUGCGCUACGGUCUGCUCGCCUACACCGUUCAAGGGCGGGACAUCAACCUGGACAUUAAGCGCAUCGAGGGCUACCGAAACUUCUGCAACAAACUGUGGAACGCCAUCAAGUUUACGCUGCUCAAUCUAGGCCCGGGAUUUGUGCCCANGGGACAUCAACCUGGCGGGUCAGAGUCCAAGCUGGACAAGUGGAUCCUCAGUUGCGCUUACCAGACGACGAAGCUCGUGGGCGAGGCCUUCACCGAGUACCGCUUUGCCGAUCUCACCGAACUGCUGUACGACUUUUGGCUGUACAAGUUCUGCAACACCUACCUUGAGUCCAUUAAGCCGGUGAUUGGCGCCGCAGAGGCAAAUCCGGUCGCGGCGAACGCUGCCCGCCAGACACUAUACACUGUGGUAGACAUUGGCCUGCGUCUCCUUCAUCCGCUGACGCCCUUCAUCACUGAAGAGCUGUACCAGCGCCUGCCGCGCCGAGACGCCGCCGCCGACCCGCCCAGUAUUAGCGUCACCGCCUACCCCACCGUGGAGGCUUUUGCUGAGAUUGGCAUUCGCCGGGAUGAGCUCCUCGAGGAGGAGUUUCUGACGUACUGCUCCUCUAUUGAAGUGCUGCCCUCGGCAGAGAAUGCUAGCGACGACAGCUUUGUGCCGCCCGAAGGCACCGCCAUUCUAACCAUCAGCGACGCCUGCCAGGCCUUCAUGCACCUGAAGGGGCUGAUUGACACCGCCAAGGAGAGCGAGCGACUCGCCUCGAAGGAGGAGAAGAUCACCGGUCAGCUGGCCAGGCUGAAGGAGUCGAUGGCCGUGGCCGACUACGAGAACAAGGUGCCCGUCGACGUGCAGGCCGCCAACCAGGAGAGGCUGACGCAGUUCAACGGAGAACUGGAGAAGGUGACGCUGGCGCUGAAAGCCCUCAGCACAAUUGGAUGA